AUGGCUUCCGACCAAGCGUCGAAGAAGCCCAUCUUUAUGGCCACGCACCCACGUGCGUGCAGUACCGCUUUUGAGCGGGUUUUCAUGACUCGGAGGAAAAGUCUUGCGACUAUCCACGAGCCUUUUGGGGAUGCUUUCUACUAUGGCCCCGAGCGUAUGGGCUCGAGGUUCGAGGAGGAUGAGCGUGCGAGGGAGGAGAGCGGCUUUGCCGAUUCUACUUUCAAGAUGAUCCUUGACAGGAUUGAACAAGAAGGCGCUGAGCUGAAUGGCGACCUCGCAGAGCUGCUGUCCGCAGGCCAUGAACCCCAUAACAGUACUGACGACUCCCAGGGCAAGCGCGUCUUCAUCAAGGAUAUCACCUACUACAUCGUGCCCCCGGAGAAGAAGCCUGGCCAACCGGCCCCCUCUCUCCAGGAAGUCAAGCGCGGCGUAGGCACCACCACCCCUCCGGGCGAGGAGACGACGGCCGGCGGCACCCCGCCACACGACUCUGCCGUCGAUCUCGAGAGCCCGCCCAAGAGUCCGCCCCGGAGUCCUCCGUUCCCGUACGAGACUCCGGUCAACAAGCGCAACCCGACCGUUGUGCCGCGUGAGAUUCUGGAGAAGUUCCAGUUCACGUUCUUGAUUCGCCAUCCCCGUAAUGCGAUUCCGAGCUAUUACAGAUGCUGCAUUCCGCCGCUCGUGGAGCGGACGGGGUUCAAUCCGUUCAUGCCGAGCGAGGCUGGGUAUGAGGAGUUGCGCCGUUUGUUCGACUAUUGCAAGGACACCGGACUGGUUGGUCCGGCUGUUACUGGGCAGGACAAUGCUGGACGGGAGAACCCGGCUGGUCAGCCGCAGAUUACUGUCAUUGACGCGGACGAUCUGCUUGAUGACCCAGAGGGCAUCUUGAGGCAGUAUUGCGAGUCCAUCAACCUGGACUUCCGCGAUGAUAUGCUGAAUUGGGACUCGGAGGAGGCUCACGAGUUCGCGAGGGAGCAGUUCGAGAAGUGGGAUGGCUUCCACGACGAUGCGAUCGGAUCGAGGGACCUCAAGCCAAGGCAGCAUAAGCAUGCUCCAAAGAGCGAUGAGCAGCUCUACUCCGAAUGGGUCGAGAAGUACGGACAGGAGGCUGCCGAUAUGAUCAAGCAGACCGUCAAGGACAAUGUCGAGACCUACGAGUACUUGAAGCAGUAUGCUAUUCGUGUUUGA